AUGAGCUUCGUCACCAAGCGCGCCCUCUCCACCCUUAUCCCUCCCAAGGCUAUCGGAUCAUCACCCAAUGCUGUCCGCAUGCAGAAGGUGGUGAACUUCUACGAGAAGCUCCCCCGUGGUGCCGCCCCCGAGGCGAAGCCUUCAGGUCUGUUGGGCCGUUACCAGCACCGAUACUUCGGCAAGAACGCCUCUGCUAUGCCCCUCGUUCACGUUAUCGGCGCUCUCAUCGCCCUCGGUUACGCACAGAACUACUACUUCCACUUGCGUCACCACAAGAACAACGUGCACCACUAAAAGAAUCGCCAACCUGAGGAUAGAAUCAUUCGAGCGCGACAGU